GUGGGUGGUGGGCGGGCAAGCGGUAGUGGGUUGUCCCUUGGAGCUGCCCAAUCGACGUGCAUUAUUCUGUUGGCGCACGGCGGCCUUCAAUUACCGUCUCAUUAACUGAUCUCAGCAGCCUGGGAGACACCACCUAUUUGAACUGUAAGGGGGCGGGGCUUUGGGUGUGCCUCCGCUCGACUGGCUGCGGUUGUGAAAGACAGCGGCAGGAGCCAAUCAGCAAAUAAGCUCUUUUUCGGCACACGCAGUCGCUCCACCCGGGUCGCGACCGUUACUGGUGGCGCGCGCGGGGACUUAAAGUAGUUGCAUCUGAUCAUACUGAGGUGGUCUGGUAAAAGUAUAAAAAGCAUGGGCUAAAAAAGAAAGAAAAACAACGGGGCACAGUGGCUCAACGCCUGUAAUCCCAGCACUUUGGGAGGCCAAGAUCAUGGAGGACACCCAGGCUAUUGACUGGGAUGUUGAAGAAGAGGAGGAGACAGAGCAAUCCAGUGAAUCCUUGAGGUGUAACGUGGAGCCAGUAGGGCGGCUACAUAUCUUUAGUGGUGCCCAUGGACCAGAAAAAGAUUUCCCACUACACCUCGGGAAGAAUGUGGUAGGCCGAAUGCCUGACUGCUCUGUGGCCCUGCCCUUUCCAUCUAUCUCCAAACAACAUGCAGAGAUUGAAAUCUUAGCCUGGGACAAGGCACCUAUCCUCCGAGACUGUGGGAGCCUUAAUGGUACUCAAAUCCUGAGACCUCCUAAGGUUUUGAGCCCUGGGGUGAGUCACCGUCUGAGGAACCAGGAAUUGAUUCUCUUUGCUGACUUGCUCUGCCAGUACCAUCGCCUGGAUGUCUCUCUGCCCUUUGUCUCCCGGGGCCCUCUGACAGUAGAAGAGACACCCAGGGUACAGGGAGGAACUCAACCCCAGAGGCUUCUGCUGGCUGAGGACUCGGAGGAGGAAGUAGAUUUUCUUUCUGAAAGGUGUAUGGUAAACAAAUCAAGGACCACAUCUUCCUCUGUGAUAGUUCCAGAGAGUGAUGAAGAGGGGCAUUCCCCUGUCCUGGGCGGCCUUGGGCCGCCUUUUGCCUUCAAUUUGAACAGUGACACAGAUGUGGAAGAAGGUCAGCAACCAGCCACAGAGGAGGCCUCCUCAGCUGCCAGAAGAGGUGCCACUGUAGAGGCAAAGCAGUCUGAAGCUGAAGUUGUAACUGAAAUCCAGCUUGAAAAGGAUCAGCCUUUAGUGAAGGAGAGGGACGAUGAUACAAAAGUCAAGAGGGGUGCAGGGAAUGGGGUGGUUCCAGCUGGGGUGAUUCUGGAGAGGAGCCAACCUCCUGGAGAGGACAGUGACACAGAUGUGGAUGAUGACAGCAGGCCUCCUGGAAGGCCAGCUGAGGUCCAUUUGGAAAGGGCUCAGCCUUUUGGCUUCAUUGACAACGACACUGAUGUGGAAGAAGAGAGGAUCCCAGCAACCCCAGUUGUCAUUCCUAUGAAGAAGAGGAAGAUCUUCCAUGGAGUAGGUACAAGGGGUCCUGGAGCACCAGGCCUGGCCCAUCUGCAGGAGAGCCAGGCUGGUAGUGAUACAGAUGUGGAGGAAGGCAGGGCCCCACAGGCUGUCCCUCUGGAGAAAAGCCAAGCUUCCAUGGUUAUCAACAGCGAUACAGAUGACGAGGAAGAAGUCUCAGCAGCGCUGACUUUGGCACAUCUGAAAGAGAGCCAGCCUGCUAUAUGGAACAGAGAUGCAGAAGAGGACAUGCCCCAACGUGUGGUCCUUCUGCAGCGAAGCCAAACCACCACUGAGAGAGACAGUGACACAGACGUGGAGGAGGAAGAGCUCCCAGUGGAAAAUAGAGAAGCUGUCCUCAAGGAUCACACAAAGAUUAGAGCCCUUGUUAGAGCACAUUCAGAAAAGGACCAACCUCCUUUUGGGGACAGUGAUGACAGUGUGGAAGCAGAUAAGAGCUCACCUGGGAUCCACCUGGAGAGAAGCCAAGCCUCCACCACAGUGGACAUCAACACACAAGUGGAGAAGGAAGUCCCACCAGGGGCAGCCAUUAUACAUAUAAAGAAGCAUCAGGUGUCUGUGGAGGGGACAAAUCAAACAGAUGUGAAAGCAGUUGGGGGACCAGCAAAGCUGCUUGUGGUAUCUCUAGAGGAAGCCUGGCCUCUGCAUGGGGACUGUGAAACAGAUGCAGAGGAGGGCACCUCCUUAGCAGCCUCAGCAGUUGCAGAUGUAAGAAAGAGCCAGCUUCCAGCAGAAGGGGAUGCUGGGGCAGAGUGGACUGCAGCUGUUCUUAAGCAGGAGAGAGCUCAUGAGGUGGGGGCCCAGGGUGGGCCACCUGUGGCACAAGUAGAGCAGGACCUCCCUAUCUCAAGAGAGAACCUCACAGAUCUGGUGGUGGACACAGACACUCUAGGGGAAUCCACCCAGCCACAGAGAGAGGGAGCCCAGGUCCCCACAGGAAGGGAGAGAGAACAACAUGUGGGUGGGACCAAGGACUCUGAAGACAACUAUGGUGAUUCUGAAGAUCUGGACCUACAAGCUACCCAGUGCUUUCUGGAGAAUCAGGGCCUGGAAGCAGUCCAGAGCAUGGAGGAUGAACCUACCCAGGCCUUCAUGUUGACUCCACCCCAAGAGCUUGGCCCUUCCCAUUGCAGCUUCCAGACAACAGGUACCCUAGAUGAACCAUGGGAGGUCCUGGCUACACAGCCAUUCUGUCUGAGAGAGUUUGAGGACUCUGAGACCCAGCCUUUUGACACCCACCUUGAGGCCUAUGGACCUUGCCUGUCUCCACCUAGGGCAAUACCAGGAGACCAACAUCCAGAGAGCCCAGUUCACACAGAGCCAAUGGGGAUUCAAGGCAGAGGGAGGCAGACUGUGGAUAAAGUCAUGGGUAUACCAAAAGAAACAGCAGAGAGGGUGGGCCCUGAGAGAGGGCCAUUGGAGAGAGAAACUGAGAAACUGCUACCAGAAAGACAGACAGAUGUGACAGGAGAGGAAGAAUUAACCAAGGGGAUACAGGACAGAGAACAAAAACAGUUGUUAGCUAGAGACACCCAGAGACAAGAAUCUGACAAAAAUGGGGAAAGUGCAAGUCCUGAAAGAGAUAGGGAGAGUUUGAAGGUAGAAAUUGAGACAUCUGAGGAAAUACAAGUGAAACAAGUACAGAAGCAGACCCUUCCAAGCAAAGCAUUUGAGAGAGAAGUAGAGAGACCAGUAGCAAACAGAGAGUGCGAUCCAGCCGAGUUAGAAGAGAAGGUGCCCAAAGUGAUCCUGGAGAGAGAUACACAGAGAGGGGAGCCAGAGGGAGGGAGCCAGGACCAGAAAGGGCAGGCCUCCAGCCCAACACUAGAGCCUGGGGUGGGGGCGGGGGACCUUCCGGGACCUACCUCAGCCCCCGUACCUUCUGGGAGCCAGUCAGGUGGAAGGGGAUCCCCAGUGAGCCCCAGGAGGCAUCAGAAAGGCCUCCUGAAUUGCAAGAUGCCACCUGCUGAGAAGGCUUCCAGGAUCAGAGCUGCUGAGGUUUCCAGGGGCGAUCAGGAAUCUCCAGAUGCUUGUCUGCCUCCUACAGUGCCUGAAGCCCCAGCCCCACCCCAAAAGCCCCUUAACUCUCACAGCCAGAAACAUCUUGCACCUCCGCCCCUUCUUUCUCCCCUUUUACCUUCUAUCAAGCCAACCGUUCGUAAGACCAGGCAAGAUGGGAGUCAGGAAGCUCCAGAGGCUCCCUUGUCCUCAGAGCUGGAGCCUUUCCACCCAAAGCCUAAAAUUAGAACUUGGAAGUCCUCCAGAAUGACACCCUUUCCAGCUACCUCUGCUGCCCCUGAGCCCCACCCUUCCACCUCCACAGCCCAGCCAGUCACUCCCAAGCCCACAUCUCAGGCCACUAGGAGCAGGACAAAUAGGUCCUCUGUCAAGACCCCUGAACCAGUUGUCCCCACAGCCCCUGAGCUCCAGCCUUCCACCUCCACAGACCAGCCUGUCACCUCUGAGCCCACAUCUCAGGUUACUAGGGGAAGAAAAAGUAGAUCCUCUGUCAAGACCCCUGAAACAGUUGUGCCCACAGCCCUUGAGCUCCAGCCUUCCACCUCCACCGACCGACCUGUCACCUCUGAACCCACAUCUCAGGCUACUAGGGGAAGAAAAAAUAGAUCCUCUGUCAAGACCCCUGAACCAGUUGUCCCCACAGCCCCUGAGCUCCAGCCUUCCACCUCCACAGACCAGCCUGUCACUUCUGAGCCCACAUAUCAGGCUACUAGGGGAAGAAAAAAUAGAUCCUCUGUCAAGACCCCUGAACCAGUUGUCCCCACAGCCCCUGAGCUCCAGCCUUCCACCUCCACCGACCGACCUGUCACCUCUGAACCCAGAUCUCAGGCUACUAGGGGAAGAAAAAAUAGAUCCUCUGUCAAGACCCCUGAACCAGUUGUCCCCACAGCCCCUGAGCUCCAGCCUUCCACCUCCACAGACCAACCUGUCACCUCUGAGCCCACAUCUCAGGCUACUAGGGGAAGAAAAAAUAGAUCCUCUGUCAAGACCCCUGAAACAGUUGUGCCCACAGCCCCUGAGCUCCGGCCUUCCACCUCCACAGACCAGCCUGUCACCCCCAGGCCCACAUCUUGGACCACUAGGAGCAGGACAAAUAUGUCCUCUGUCAAGACCCCUGAAACAGUUGUCCCCACAGCCCCUGAGCUCCAGCUUUCCACCUCCACAGACCAACCUGUCACCCCUAAGCCCACAUCUCGGACCACUAGGAGCAGGACAAAUAUGUCCUCUGUGAAGAACCCUGAAUCAACUGUCCCUAUAGCCCCUGAGCUCCCACCUUCCACCUCCACAGAGCAGCCUGUCACCCCUGAGCCCACAUCUCGGGCUACUAGAGGAAGAAAAAAUAGAUCCUCUGGCAAGACCCCUGAAACACUUGUCCCCACAGCCCCUAAGCUCCAGCCUUCCACUUCCACAGACCAACCUGUCACUCCUGAGCCCACAUCUCAGGCCACCAGGGGCAGGACAAAUAGGUCCUCUAUGAAGACCCCUGAAACAGUUGUCCCCACAGCCCCUGAGCUCCAGCCUUCCACCUCCACAGACCAGCCUGUUACCCCUGAGCCUACGUCUCAGGCUACUAGGGGAAGAACAGAUAGAUCCUCUGUCAAGACUCCUGAAACAGUUGUCCCCACAGCCCCUGAGCUACAGGCUUCCGCCUCCACAGACCAGCCUGUCACCUCUGAGCCCACAUUUCGGACCACUAGGGGAAGAAAAAAUCGGUCCUCUGUCAAGACCCCUGAAACAGUUGUGCCCACAGCCCCUGAGCUCCAGCCUUCCACCUCCAUAGACCAACCUGUCACCCCUGAGCCCUCAUCUCGGGCCACUAGGGGCAGGACAAAUAGGUCCUCUGUCAAGACUCCUGAAUCAAUUGUCCCUAUAGCCCCUGAGCUUCAGCCUUCCACCUCCAGAAACCAGCUUGUCACCCCUGAGCCCACAUCUCGGGCCACUAGGUGCAGGACAAAUAGGUCCUCUGUCAAGACCCCUGAGCCAGUUGUCCCCACAGCCCCUGAGCCCCAUCCUACCACCUCCACAGACCAGCCUGUCACCCCCAAGCUCACGUCUAGGGCCACUAGGAGAAAGACAAAUAGGUCCUCUAUCAAGACUCCCAAACCAGUUGAACCAGCAGCCUCUGAUCUUGAGCCUUUUACCCCCACAGACCAGUCUGUCACCCCUGAGGCCAUAGCUCAGGGUGGUCAGAGCAAAACACUGAGGUCUUCCACAGUAAGAGCUAUGGCGGUUCCUACCACCCCUGAAUUCCAAUCUCCUGUCACCACAGACCAGCCUAUUUCCCCUGAGCCUAUUACUCAACCCAGUUGCAUCAAGAGGCAGAGAGCCGCUGGGAACCCUGGCUCCCUCGCAGCUCCCAUUGACCAUAAGCCUUGCUCUGCACCCUUGGAACCUAAAUCCCAGGCCUCAAGGAACCAAAGAUGGGGAGCAGUGAGAGCAGCUGAAUCCCUUACAGCCAUUCCUGAGCCUGCCUCUCCCCAGCUUCUUGAGACACCAACUCAUGCCUCCCAGAUCCAAAAGGUGGAACCAGCAGGUAGAUCUAGGUUCACCCCGGAGCUCCAGCCUAAGGCCUCUCAAAGCCGCAAGAGGUCUUUAGCUACCAUGGAUUCACCACCACAUCAGAAACAGCCCCAAAGAGGGGAAGUCUCCCAGAAGACCGUGAUUAUCAAGGAAGAGGAAGAAGAUACUGCAGAGAAGCCAGGGAAGGAAGAGGAUGUCGUGACUCCAAAACCAGGCAAGAGAAAGAGAGACCAGGCAGAGGAGGAGUCCAACAGAAUACCAAGCCGCAGCCUCCGACGGACCAAACUUAACCAAGAAUCAACAGCCCCCAAAGUGCUCUUCACAGGAGUGGUGGAUGCUCGGGGAGAGCGGGCUGUGCUGGCACUGGGGGGAAGUCUGGCUGGUUCAGCGGCAGAGGCUUCCCACCUGGUCACUGAUCGCAUCCGCCGGACAGUCAAGUUCCUGUGUGCCCUGGGGCGGGGAAUCCCCAUUCUGUCCCUGGACUGGCUGCAUCAGUCCCGCAAGGCUGGUUUCUUCUUACCCCCGGAUGAAUAUGUGGUGACCGACCCUGAGCAAGAGAAGAACUUUGGCUUUAGCCUUCAAGACUCACUGAGCCGGGCUCGGGAGCGAAGGCUGCUAGAGGGCUAUGAGAUCUAUGUGACCCCUGGAGUCCAGCCACCACCACCUCAGAUGGGAGAGAUCAUUAGCUGCUGUGGAGGCACAUACCUACCCAGCAUGCCUCGGUCCUAUAAGCCUCAGAGAGUUGUGAUCACAUGCCCUCAGGACUUCCCUCAUUGCUCCAUUCCACUACGGGUUGGGCUGCCCCUCCUCUCGCCUGAGUUCCUGCUGACUGGAGUGCUGAAGCAGGAAGCCAAGCCAGAGGCCUUUGUCCUCUCCCCUUUGGAGAUGUCAUCCACCUGAGAACUCCACUACCCUUUUCCCUCCCAGACCACGAAUUAGAAGAUAUGUGGAAGAAAGAACUCAGGGCGUUAGAAGGGAUUGGGGUAUAUUGAUACAACUUGUCCUGGAACAUGGGUGGGACCAGAAAUCUUUAUGAAUAAAUGAAAAGAUAAGGGAUUUGGAAGCCACAGGUUGUUUUUUGUUUGUUUGUUUGUUUGUUUAAUGGCCAUUUUAUUUUAUUUGUAUUUAUAGUUUUUUAUUUGUAUAGAUUUAGGGGAUCCAAGAUUUCUUACAUGCAUGUAUUAAAUGGCCAUUUUAAAAUUAGCUAGUUUCAUGCUCAGAUGUCAUAAAUGGCAGCUAUCUUUAGCCAGACUGUUGCAGUUAUUGCUCGAUGCCAUUCAUGGUGUCCUACCUCCUAUUUGGAAACCAUCUCUAUUGUUUUCUUACUGAGAUUCUUACUUUGGGGUCAGGAACUUGAAGGGAUGCUUGGAGUGAGUAGAUUUGAGGGUCCAGUUAUGGAGUGCUACUAAAACAUUUUCUUCUCUCCUGGCCUCUGGAAGCAUCUUUAGCUUUGACUUUGGGCAAGUCUCUAUACUUUUCUGGCCAGCUUUUCCAGGAUUUAUAAAAUUAGAGCUUCAGCUUGACCUCUGUGAUAAAUAAAUAUUCACUCUGUGCCUUA